CAAACUUUACCUACUGUAAAUUGCCGCUUUAAAUAAAGUUCAUUCCAUAGGGGGGGGAGAACCCGCCGCUGUUGCUAGGAUACGGUGGCGUUGAUGUCGUUGCUGGGAAACUGCAAACAGGAGAAACAAAGUUCUGCUUCGGUUGUUACCGGACUCGGUUUCACGUCGGUGUAGCGGAACGUGUCUCGACAUGGAGAUCGUUCAUGUUUACACCAAGGACCGGGAGGAGUUCGGCCGCCAGUGUCUCCUGUGGGACCGACCCACGGAGCUGCUGGCGGACAUUCUUCCGGAUCAGAACCUCGCCUCGAACUUCAUCCAGAGAAACCACAAAGACCAGGCGGUGCAGGCCGGCAGGCAGGUGUCCGAGCACCAGGUGAACACUGAACGUUUCGAGUCCGACAGCCAUGGAGUAAACCAUGUGGAAGGGGGGUGGCCCAAAGACAUCAACCCCCUUGACAUGGAACAAACCAUCCGUUUCAGGAAGAAAGCAGAGAAAGAUGAGAGCUACUUGAACAGCAUCCAACAGCUGGGCAGUGUCACUGAAUAUUGUAGCAGACAGAACAAUGCCGUGGACAUCUACCAAGAGCCCUUUGAUGGCUGGGAGGAAGUAGAAGAAAGUCCAGAGCCACCAUCUGCCAAGACUAUCAACGUAUUCAGAGAUCCUAAUGAAGUCAGACGUACUGUCACAGGCUUGUCAUGGCAUCCUGAUGGUGGUCGGAAGCUGGCAGCUGCCUACUCCUGCCUUGACUUCCAGAAAACCUCCAGAGACAUGAGCCUAGACUCGUACAUCUGGGACGUGGAGAACCCAAACCGACCAGAGCUGAUCCUGAAGCCAGCAUCACCCCUCGUCUGUCUGGACUACAACCCCAAAGAUCCCCACACUCUGGUAGGAGGUAGCUACAAUGGACAGAUUGUGUACUGGGACACCCGGAGAGGCAGCCAGCCGGUGGAGUUAUCUUCUGUGGAACAUAGUCACAGAGAUCCAGUCUAUAAGAUCAUCUGGCUGCAGUCCAAGACCGGGACAGACGCCUUCUCUGCCUCCACGGAUGGACAGGUUCUCUGGUGGGAUGCCCGGCGGCUAAGCGAGCCCACAGAGCGCCUGGUUUUGGACCCGACUCGGGAGGGGAACCUGAACCGGGCUUUAGGAGCGAUCUCUCUGGAGUUUGAGGCCACCAUGCCGACUAAGUUCAUGGUGGGGACAGAGCAGGGCCUGGUCGUCUCCUGCAACCGGAAGGCAAAGACUCCGACAGAGAAGAUCGUCUGUACAUAUGACGGUCACCAUGGUCCAGUCUAUGCCCUGCAGAGGAACCCUUUCUUCCCCAAAAAUUUCCUGACCGUGGGGGAUUGGACGGCUCGCAUCUGGUCCGAGGACAUCAAGGAGUCGUCCAUCAUGUGCACCAAGUACCAGAUGUCGUAUCUGACAGAUGCCUGCUGGAGUCCAGUACGACCCUCAGUCUUCUUCACCCUGAAGAUGGACGGCAUGUUAGAAGUGUGGGACAUCCUGUUCAAACAGAGUGAUCCCAUGCUGAGUCUCAAGGUGUGUGACAGAGCACUGUACAGCCUCCGUGUUCAAGACAAUGGCCGUCUGGUGGCCUGUGGCUCUCAGCAGGGUGAAACAACGCUGCUGGAGAUUUGUUCUGAACUGUCGACCCUCCAGAAGAAUGACAAGAGUCUGCUGGCUGCUAUGUUUGAACGAGAGACAAAACGAGAGAAGAUCCUGGAGGCCCGACAGAGAGAGAUCCGUCUGAAGGAGAGGAGUCGCUCAGAGCAGAGCCGAGAGGAGGAGAUUGGACGGGAGGAUGGCGAGGAUGACCCCGAUCAGCUGAUCACCAGAGCUGAGAGCGACUUCUACAGCCAGGUGGAGGCGGAGUUAAAGAGGAGGGAGAGGAGGGAGGAGGAGGCGCUGAGGGAAAAAGAUGUCUGUGAAGAAAAAGAAGUAAAUGAUGAAGAAGAAGCUGGACGAAACGAAACAUCUUCGUGAAUCUCUGUGCUUAUUUUCUUUGUAUUAAACGCUUCAUAGUCAUCAUCUGUUCUCUGCAUUUUCUUUAGUUUUCAUUACAAGUUGCACAGAUUCACUUCAAUAAAGUUGAGAAACUCAAACUGGACUCAGGUGCUGUGAUGAACCUGCAGCUCCAGUUUCUGAGUGCUGCUGUCAUGUUCAGAUGUUCCUCAUAUUUUUUGCAACUAUUUCUCUUUCAUAUUUUACAUAAUACUAUAUUAAAUUCAUGACAGGGCUGCUGUACGUGCAGAUCAAUCAGUGGAAACAAUCAAUACGUAAUAAACUCUGACAUUACCGUCAUCGGGAUUUAACUGUCUGUGCCGUUCUACUAGUGACCUGUGGGGGGCAGCAGCACACCUCUCCUGCCAGCCGCUCAUCUCCCAGAAGAAGAAGAAGAGUAAGAGGAAGAAGAAGAGGAAGAAGAUCGGCUUUUGUUGUGUUAGUUGUUAGCAACAGACGUUCCAGCAGCUUGAUUCAGGUUGUGUUCCGGUUGAGUCCGGGCUCCGGUGUGAACAUGUCCCGGGUCCAGAAGAUGCGGCAGUUCGUCGCUCAGCGGCUGCACGCGGCGGCCGAAGAGAUUUUGGCGGUUUUUGAGAAAACGAUCGAUAAAUACGAGCAGGAAGCAGCUCUGAAUCACGAGGUCAUUUCCCGCCAGCACGCGCUGCUCUGCGCGCUCCGCAGCCCACUGGUGGAUCUGAAGUCCACAGAUGCCUUCACGCAGCAGCUGAUGGUCAGUAAAGAUGCAGCUCCUCUGGAGGACAAGAACGAGACCCAGCAACAGAACCAGGACCCAGAACCUUCACAGGUUAAAGAGGAACAGGACGAAGAGCAGCUCCACCUGGACGAGGCUGACAUCAUCAAGUUCACCUAUAGUUCCAGGUGUGCAGUGACGUCAGGUGAGAACCUGGGCCCGUCAGCCAGACCGGGACCAGGAGGUCCAGAUCAAGAUGUCCUUCUGGUGUCGUCCUCGGACACUGAGGACAGCGAAGACUACAACAAGGACUCUGUUGGUCCCAGACCUGCUCCAGACACACCGAAGCGUCGUGGAGCCAAAAGCAGUUUCACCUGCCGGGUCUGCAGCCGAAAAUUCAGUGCUCGCAGGUUCCUGUUCAGACACGUCAGAUCUCACCUGCAGGAGGCGUCGCUCGUCUGUGGGAUGUGCGGUGAAAGCUUCGACGCUGCAGAUAGUCUGAAGCUUCACCUGCAGACUCACCUGAAGAAGAGUCCCCUUCAGAACCAGAACCAGACCGAGACUGAGACAGGAACUGGGACCUGGAGCAGCGGGAGGCAGCACUCGAACACAAACGUCCAGGAGAAGCAGAAACCUGACAGGUGUGACGACUGCGGGAGGCAGGUGUGGAAGAAGAGGCGGCACAAAUGUCGGACCUGGAAGAAAAAACAGAACCCAAAGGGUCCAGGAGAAACCAAAAAGAAGAAAAAGAAAACCUGAAGGAUUAUUUCAGAGUUGGACCUGCAACUCAACUUCAGUUUAAUAAUCAGAUGAUUUAAAUGUUAAUUUCUCAGCAACAGGAUGUGAAACCACAGAACCUCAGAACGACAGAACCGCUGACCAGAGAAGAAGCUGGAAUUUUUGAAAAGAUUGAAUAUUUAGAUUUAAAAGAUCAAAUCAAAAUGUAAAAAAAUGUAAUGCUUUAUUUUAAGAAUGUCUUGAGUUUUUCACAAUUAAACCAGCAAGUUAAAAUAUUUUUCUAAAAAUCUGUUUUGAAAAUAGUUUUGGAAAAUUUGUAACUUUAGUGUCAAAAACCUUUUUUGUUUUACGUCAUUUAAGCAGUUUUGAAAAAUAAACUUAUGAUUUCAUGAGAAAAUGUUUUACAUUUAAAACCUGUACUUAAGUUAAUUCAAAUUCAUUUUUGAAUCUUUUCUUUGACAAUAAACCGACUUUAUUCUGUGAUAAUUUUCUCUGGUUGGUUGUUGCUGGAUUGCAUUUCCAUGUUAAUAUCUGACAUAAAUACAUUUACUCA